CUUUCUUUCAUCCCCCACCAUUCUCUAAUAUAUUUCUAAUUCAUCAUGUCCGAGAUCAAGGUCUUCUCCAAAGCCGACUUGGCUCAGCAUGCCACCAGAGACAGCCUUUACCUUGCUAUCGCAGGGAAAGUCUAUGACUGCACCAGCUUUGUUGAUGAGCACCCUGGUGGAGAGGAAGUUAUGUUUGAUGAAGCAGGCAAGGAUGCCACCGAAUCUUUUGAAGAUGUUGGACAUUCCGAGGAGGCUCGUGAGCUUCUGCAAAAGAUGUAUAUUGGAGAAUACAAGAACGACGAUUCUUCACAGAAGACCAAGGCUCCUUCGAUGACCCCGAAGCCUAUUCCUGCAAGUGACAACUCGGAGUCUGGAAGCGGCACCCCGUACAUUCUUGGACUGGCUAUUAUUGCAGGCGCAGUCCUCUGGAAGUUCUUGCUUUAAAAAAGAAAAAAAAAAAAUCUUGUGCUCGCGCUCAAACAUUCUUUGUCAUAGAAAAUCAUUUAUCUCUGUUUGAACAUACAAAUAUGAACGUAAAUAAAUAAAGCAAUAGACAAC